AUGUCCUGCUACGACCUGUGCCCCCCCAGGAGCAGCACUGACCUGUGCCCCCCCAGGACCAGCGUGGCCGUGCCCCAGCCCAUCGCUGAGAGCUGCAACGAGCUAUGCGCCCGCCAGUGCCCCGACUCCUCAGCCUUGAUCCAGCCGCCGCCCGUGGUGGUCACCUUCCCCGGGCCCAUCCUCAGCUCCUUCCCCCAGCAGGCCGUGGUGGGCUCCUCCGGAGCACCGGCCUUUGGCGGCUCCCUGGGGCUGGGCGGCCUCUACGGCACCGGCGCCACCCAGGCCUCGGGGGGCCUCUGCACCUUUGGCAGAGCCUACGCUGCUCCCGCCUGCAGCCCUUGCACCCUGCCCCGCUACAGCAAGAAGCUCUGGGACACCUGCGGGCCCUGCUAG